CUCAUGUUGCAUGCUGGGAGUUAUAGAGUGUACGAGCGAGAGACAGGGAUCUGAAGGGAUAGGAAACCUGCGACUGCAAGCCGACUGUUAACCUUCAUUUACAACACAUACAAGCGAAGGAGUCCUACAAUCUAGUUUCUGUUUGAAGAUCAGCCCAGGAAAGGACCUGCAGCAUCUGAACCAUGAGAAUUCACCGCCGAAGUUUGAAGGUGUGACUUUGACCACAGGACCAUGGAUCCAGAGGUGAUCCGGAUGUACUCGUCUUCCCCACCCCCUCUGGAUGAUAGGGCUGAAGAGGAAGACGAUGAAUUUGGAGAGUUUGGAGGCUUCUCAGGGAUCACCUCCAGUGUCAGCUUGACAGAGUUCGACACGCCUGGCUUCAGCACACAGAGAGAGGACUUUGUACCACAGAACCACUUCAUGCCUGACAAGGACUAUUCCAGCAACAUUGAUGGUCUUGCUGAUUUGGACUCAGUUAGCAUCAGCAAAGACCGGGGCUUUAUUGCAGAGAUUUCUAAACAGGCUGACGGAACCCUUAAGUUUGUAGAAACCCGUACCAGCAUUAAAAUCUCUCCAACAUCUAAACCUGCCUCCUUCAGCAUUGAUGGUCCUUCUGGCAAGGAGGGAUUUAAAAAGCUAGUGGACCAGACUGAAUCAGCCACUAGUUCAAACUCUUCUAUAGCACUGGUCAGCAGUAGAACUGAUGUUAAAAUUCAGUCACUGCAAACUCAGAGCUGCAAUGGCACUGUAGUUCCAGGUGCGGAGGUUCUAACAAAUGGGUUUGCAGCAUUUGACAUGCCGGGCCCUGAAAUUAGAAAAGGGAAGCAGGCCAGUGUAAUUAACUCAAAGGGACAGAAAGUGAUCAGCGAGGAGCUAAGUUUAGAUUCUACUCCUAGCUCUGCAAAUGAAUUUGCUGACUUCUCUGCCUUCCUAAAACCUGAUGCUUCUGAUAAUUGCAUUCAGACAGUGAAACACUCAAGUGAAGGAAAAACACUGACUUGUUUGGACAGCUUUGUGAUAAACAGUGUUAAUGAACUGAACAUCCCAGAGAAAGAGCUUGCUGAGGUAAGCUUGGAAAAUGAAGGCGUAAUAGACACUGACAGCACUGGGUCGGAUGAAGUUGUUGAUGACAUUAGCAAUGGGGAGAGGGACUUGGAAACAGUGGUGGAACCUAAACCAGUUACUUCUAGAAUGCAGCUAAUGGAAACUGCAACUGUACAUCCGGACAAGGAAGUUACAGAUCAGCCUGCAGCACAGAAUGGCCAAGAAGAAUCAGGAGCUGUAGAAUCAGGUGUUUGCAAAAAUAGUGUUUUACCCUCUGUGGAGGGCAGUACAGAAGCCGAGCAGGACCAGCCAGUGGACAAUGAAGUGGGGGAGAAUGGGGAGUUGGGAGACUCUGCCCCCCCUAACACCAGUGUUUCUGUGAGUGAAGACUUUGCUUCUUUCUGUCAAGCGGCCUCUCCAGACGACCAAGAUGGCUUUGGAGACUUCGGCACAACCAGCAGCACAUCAUCUCAGCCUAUGUCAGAGGAUGUGCCGUCCUUGAGCUUCAAUCCAGAAGAGCAUUUUGCCAAGUUUGAAGAACUGAGUGCUGAUGAAGACUUUGGGGAUUUUAGUGAGGUUAGGGACUCCAAAAAGCAGAGUUUUGCUGAAUUUAACCAGCCCAAAGCGGACACUGCUUCACUGGACAAGCCUGUCGACUCUAAAAGCGAAAAUGAGUUUGCUGAUUUUCCACCCCGGGAGGAAUUGAAAGACGACAGCGAAGAAGAUUUUGGUGAUUUCGAUUCUGCCCUGAAACCAAAAGAAAGCGAGUUUGCCGACUUCCCCGGCAGCGACAGUUCUGCAGACUUUAGUUCAGCUGCAGGGAGCCAAGAAUGGAACGCUUUUGGGGACCAACAGAGUGCGAGCGAAAGUACAGCCUGGGCUGCUUUUGGGGAGGUACAGACUGCAUCCUCCAUUGAAGGAGAUGCGUGGCAGACCAGCACUGCGGUCACUGCACCCUCUGCAGGUAGCCCACAGAUCAGUCGGAAGGAAGAUGCUGCUUUCGCUUCAUUUCAGGGUACAACAGACACCUGCUCAAAUCUGAAAACGCAGCCUGCUCUGCAACAGGCAUCUUUGGUGAGUCGCCUGGAGCUGGUGUUCCAGACCUGCUUUCCUUCAGCCCCAGUCCCCAGUGCAGAUGAGGAGAUCUCAUCCCUAAAGGUAUUUCUGGAGCCAGGAGAGCAUCGGUUGAAAAAAGCGCAAGCCUUGGCACAGCAUGGGGAGCUGCUUGAAGUGUGGACGGAGCUGCAAGAUAUCCAGGAUGCCUAUGGUCUGAGAUACCAGUGGGGUGGCUCCCACAGCAACAAAAAGCUGCUCUGCUCAUUGGGGAUUGAUAUCAGGAACAUUCUGUUCACAGGCCAAAAGAAGCACCCUGUUAUAGUUCCCAUGUACGCAGCUAGUCUGGGUAUGCUAGAGCCCACCAAAGAGCCGGUGAAACCAGUGUCGGCUGCAGAGAAGAUAGCUUCAAUAGCACAAGCCCCUCCUGUGUCCCCAGAAAUGAGCACUUGUACACAAGAUCAAACCCAGGAAAACCUCCCUCCUGUCCAGUUUGACUGGAGUAGCAGUGGCCUUACUAACCCUCUAGAUGCUAGCGGUGGGUCGACUCUUCUGAACCUUGAUUUCUUUGGGCCCGUGGAUGACACUAGUUCUAGCGGCACCACCAGCAUCCCAGGUGUGGACCCUGAGCUAUAUGCAUUAACAACCUCUAAACUGGAAAGCUCCAGCACAUCCAGCCGUGUGGCUGAUGCAUUUGCAAGACUCAUGUCUACAGUAGAGAAGACAAGCACGUCUGCAAGGAAACCUAAAAAGGACGAGAACCUUAGUGAAGAGGCUGCCAAGGUGAUCGCCAGCCUGCCUGACCUGUCCUUUAUGCAAGCCAAGGUGCUGAUGUUUCCCGCCACAUUGACCCCUCUGACAUGUUCACAAGAGCAUGCAGACUAACCACACCGAUCUUUACUUUUUUUUUUUUUUUUUUUUAAUUAAUUUUAAAUUAAAAGUACACGUUCAGAGGAAUUGUUGUUCAGCAGCUCUGGAAAGGUAUAAAUACAAUAAGAAAAUGUAUAUUUAUUUACAUACCUGAAGUCCUAAAAGUGCUGUUUAUAUUAGAAGAAUCAAUCUGUAAAACAGGGUGAAGUUGUUUUUUUUUUUUUUUUUUUGAAGAUCUGGUAAUUACUAUUCAUUUGUUUCUUUCUGCCGUGCUGGGGGUGUAAACACUUCUGUCUUUGUGAGAUAACACUGGUUGAGUCCUUCAUGGAAGGCAUGAAAGUAAAACCAAAAUCUCACUCGCUGCCUGUGACUUCCAGGUGAAUGUUUUCCUGUUGUGUUAAUUGCCUUGUUUUUUUUUUUUUUUUGUUGUUUGUUUGUUUUUUUUUUACUACAAAAACAACACGUUCCGUCUUGUCUUUUUUGUGUGCUUUUUUGUUUUGUUUGAGAGUAUUUAUAGAUGGUGGCAGCCUUUCUUGCCUUCUCCCAAAAUUACUAACUACAUUAUUCAAGAUAUCCAUUUAUUGGAUACCUUUUUAUUUUAUGGUUUGAACCACUGAUAUAGAAAAUAAUCAAAUGUGAAUAGUUUUUAGUGAUAAUCAAAUUGAAUCAAUCACAGAGAAUGAGGGACCAAUAAUAUCUUCAAAGUCUUGGGUUAAACAAUUGAUAUGUUACAGGUAUUUUUCUGUUCUGUUUUACCACUGUACUUAUUUUAAUGAGGAUUUUGCACAUUGUAAAGAAGAGCUGGAUGUAAUCAUAGUUCGCUGUGGUUUUAGACUGUGUACAGUAAAACUAUGGACUGUAAAUGUAUGGGAAAAUUCCUAUGGAAAAAAGAUACACUGUCAAAAGGUUAAUAUGCAUGCCCAGGUUCUUUUGCGACUUUAGUGUGUAAAAUUACUUUUAGUGUACACAAAAAAAUAAAAUUAUUUAAGAGAAA